AUGGCGGCUUUAAUUAUAUUGUCCCCUUCCGGCCGUUUCAUCACAGAGCCAUCGAAUUCUGGCCAUAAUUAUCAAAUACUACCACGAUCAGCAAUACUCUUCGCUAGGACUCCUUCAUGCCCUCAGUCACCCGGCUGUCCUUCAUCCAACACCAGCAUUCAUGCACUCAAACUAAAAAAACGCCUUUCAUCGGCAUUGUCAUCUUUCAAGGAUUUCGUCGCUCAAAGGAAAAGGCCACGUGUCUCGCUCGCUCCUGCUGAGCAACCUGUGGCCAUUGGAGCUCCGAAUGCCUUGUCGGCUUGUCACGCCAACGAGACUCUCGGUGGUGAAGCCUCCGUGUCACCCUUGUCUUCACUUCUUGAAGAGCCUGUGUCUUUGCACAAUCCAUCACAGGAUUUUGUGGGUGUCCUUCGUGAUCAUAGCUUUGAAGAAGAAGGAGGAGGAGGAGGAGGAGGAAGAGAUAAUAAAAUGGAGGACAUGAGUUUGGCGCAGUGGAGACCCAGAUGUCAGAACCGACGGUUGCUGCAGAGAUUCAGGGAUGUGCUCCCUCAGCCCCCACCUACUAUACCUGCAGAAGUCCAAGAUCGCCCAGGCGUAUCAGCGCGCUCAGUUUUCCAUACUCCCCCAAAUGUCUUUGGGCUAGUGUGCCAAUACUUUUGCGCUAUGCCCCCAUCCCACGAUCCAGAAGAGUACAUGACUAUAGCCGACCUCUCAUUUAUUCCUGAAGCCCCCCAAGAACCGUAUGCUUCAAAUAACCAUUCUCUCUAUCAUCUAUAUCCCAAUCGUUCCUCCUUCCAGCUUGGCGAGUGGUAUUGGAACCAGGGACUUCAAAAGUCUCAAGCAGACUACACGAAGUUAUUGGAUAUUAUAGGUACCAGUUCUUUCAGCGCUUCCGAUGUGACCUCCACGCGUUGGAAGAACAUUAACUCUACGUUGGGGGUGAAUGAAUACGAUGAAGGAGAUGGGGAUGAAUGGCAAGACAAAGAUGCCGGAUACUGGUCUCCAUUGAGGUACCUUUUUCCCGCACCACCGAAAAACCAGGGCCCCGGACGUACAAAGCCGCACAUCUGUAUCAUCAUUCGCUAG